ACGCGCAACGUUCUAUGUUGGAGGGGAUAUUUAACUGUCUCCAUUAUGGAGUACUCCUAAAAGAUGUUUUGUAAAGACAAUCCCUGAUUCAUGAAAAAUGUCGUUACUCACUUGUCUGAUUAUCUUAUUUUCCGGAUUUUGUGGGCAAGCAUUGGCACUUCACGAGAGAGCUCUUGUCGAGGAGUUACUAGAGCAUUAUCAUACGGGAUUACGGCCAGUGGUCAAAAAUAGUUCCCAACCGACACCUGUCAACAUAAGUUUGAGACUGGUGCAGAUUUUUGAGAUGGAUGUCAAGAAACAAGUUAUUAUCACAAGUGUCUGGCUUAAACAGGCUUGGUUUGAUCCCGAGUUAAGAUGGAACAAAUCUCGCUACGGUUGGAUCGAUGAGAUCAGUUUGUUUCCUAAUGAUGUUUGGGUACCGGAUACCGUCCUAUUAAACAAUGCUGAUACCUACAAAGUGGGCAAACCAUUAGGUACGCACAAUCCCUUGCUGGUAACCUCUCAGGGUACAGUCCGCUGGCUUGCGCCGGUCAUCCUCAAGAGCACGUGCAAGUUAAGAGUGAGGUAUUUCCCAUUUGACGAACAGUUCUGCAAGCUCAAGUUUGUUUCCUGGACGUAUAGUAAAAGUGCAUUAGUUCUGGAACCCGAGGACACAGAGAUAUUACAAAACUAUACAGAAAGUGAAGAAUGGUCCUUAAAGCGUGUGUACGCCCUGAGAUCAUCAAGCAAGCCUACUCAUACCAACCCAGAGAACAAAUCAGCAGUGACGUACAUUAUUCACAUUAGACGCAAGUCCUUUUACUACUUCGUGUACCUCAUCGCACCUUGCAUGAUGAUGUCAUUCAUGACGUUGAUCUUAUUCACCCUCCCCCCUGAGAGUGGCGAAAGAAUGGUAGUGGGCGUGACCAUUCUGUUGUCACUCAUUGUGUUCUAUUUGUUGGCUUCUACCCAUAUCCCUGAGACAUCAGAAGUGGUACCACUGAUUCUAAGAUACUACGUGUUGACUAUCAUUGAGAUUUCAAGCGCUUUGGCUUUAACCUGCUGGGUUUUAAGGUUCCAUCAUUACAACACAUCUAUUGGAAGGAUCCCAAACUGGGUCAGGGUAUGCAUACUCGGUUACGUUGCCAAAGCAGUGCUAUACAAAGUUCCAGAAGGAAUCUCCAUGGCAACCGAAUCAGUGGAAGAACAAGAAAACAGAGACAACAUUGACAGAGAAAUCAACGGUAGCUCCUUGGCUCGUCGACGUCUUCCCAAGGAGCCUAGCGGUAUUACGAUGAUGGCCGAACGGGAGCUGAAGAAACAAGAAGAAGGGAACAUACAGGAAGAAUGGCAGCUUGCCGCGCGCAUCAUCAAUCGGCUUUUCCUUGUUGGCUAUUUGAUUGCCGUUAUCUUAUCCAUAUUUGGUAUUUUCUUACAAGUUCCGGGAGUUUUCGUCUCUAGGCCCUCGCCGCCAACUUCUGACGAGGAGUAGCUGUGGUUGAAUUUCUUCGUGUAAGUCAAACAGUGAACAAACACAACAUUUAGUAAGUAGAUCAACUGAGCCGUUCAGUAUUUCAGCCAGUCAGUACGCUGGUCAACAAAUCUGCAUUUCAGUAAGCGAUUAAUUAAGUCAAAACUUGGUUUGUCAGUCAGUCACAGCCGUUUCGUUUUCAGUAACUAGGGAACCGUUUACGAUACUAUUACGGCGACGUGUGGUAGAACGUUGCCGAAAAACGCAGUAUAUUUCCCUCCGAGACUUUUUCUGCCAAUUAAUAGCUCGAUACGUUUAACGUUUCUAAAGGUACGACAUCUUCACUUCAGCACAACAUGUAAAUGUAGUGUUGAGUUUAAAAUAAUAAAGUGUCUGAAUUGCUGUCGAGGUUUCCUCGCUAAGAGGAGGUAAAAGUUGGCGAUUUCACGUUUUAGUUCUGUGGGACGGCUAAGAAAUGUGCAAAGUUUUAAAACGCACGUGUUUUUGGCAGUUGUUUUUCUCGUUAGGUCUUUUGUUUCACUAAGAUUUAGUUGCCGUCGCCGUCGUGGUUCUCGUUAAGUCCCGGACUUAGUCAGUAAGUCAGUCAUUACGUUUGUCAUACCGAAAGAUAGCUCUUAGUAAGUCACUUAGGCAGUGAGCCUGGCAAACCUUCAAGUAAAUGGGCUCCUUGCCAUUUCUCCUCUUUACUUAAACAUGAAUAGAACAUCCCGAAGGAGAUAAAGAUCUAAUCGUAAAGUAGAGAUCAGGGGAUGAAAAUAAAUGGAUUUCUUGUUAAGACAUAUAAUUGAAAUAAAAAGAUCAGAUAGUCUAGAAAA